CAGAGUAAACAUGGAUAGCAGCUGGAUUCAGUUCGGCCCUGCGGGACGGGGCUCAGAUGACUGGGGCACAGGCGCAUCCGCACCUCCUUCAACUGAGGACCGUCUUAAGGGCUACUGGAACGAGCUGGCUUCAAACAAGGUCGAAGAGAGACCGGAGGCAACGCUGUAUGUUGUCAUAGUAACGGGCUCCUUGCUCUUCCUGGCUGGAAUUGCCUUCUUUGUUUACAAGAGAUGUUUCAGGGGGGAGGACAACACAGCCAAAGUCAUAACUCUGGAUUUUGAGGACGCUGAUGGCACUGCUGAAUUUCUGUCCACUUUGGAGGAAGGAGAUGGCACUGAAGAUGGGAAUGAUGGGGUUUUCCUGAUGGUUUAUCUGCCGGCCCCAUAUGAGAAAACCCUCACAAAGAUAGCCCGUGCUGCAAGCACCUCCAGCUCACAUAAUGACGUGGAGAUUAUGCAAUUACACACAGAGACCUCCACUGAUCAAGAGUGAGGAUUCAUUCCCUCCAAUGUAAAACGUGUAUUAUUGAUCUACAUAACAUAUCAACACUAACAAAAAGUACAUGAUACUAUGCUAGUACAAUAUUGUUUUCAUUGAAAUACACAGUAUAGUGCGUGAAUAUCAUUCAUUAGCAUAAAAAAAAUACAGUAGUGCUAUCUAUCAUGGUACCAGCACACCAGUGUUUGUAAGAGAAUAGUGCCGGAUUUGUUUUUUAAUCUCUAUAAUCUAUGAAACUGUAAACAUGGCAAGUCAUGAAACGGCUUCAAAAUGAUUGACAUUUUUAUUAACUGUACCAUAAUGCAGUAGUUUUAUAGUAAUGCAUAGUACUAUAGUAACAUUAUAUAUAAUAAAGUGUGUAUACACAUACAAUAUAGUCUUCUUUGUCCGAAAUGUUAAAUGAUUUUAAUAGUUAUGCAACAUUUUCACAGUU